AUGGCUUCUGCUAUGGAAGGUGCUGUGACACCCUAUUCUACCAAUCCUUUUUACGCUGGCUCUGAGAACCAGCCAUACCAAAAUUCUGUACAGGCAGAUACCCUGUCUGAUAACAAUGCACAGAUGACUGAAGUUAUGAGCAUGGACCCCCAGGCCUUCAACUCGCCGCCCAACGGUCAACCUGGAUAUGCAAUGCCAGUGAACAGCGCAUACCAAGAAGCAGCUGCGAUGGGUGUCCGUCCUCGUGAGCCCUACCCAGCUUGGACGGUUGAUCAUCAAAUUCCUCUCUCCAAAGAGGAGAUCGAGGACAUUUUCAUCGACCUGGCCAACAAGUUUGGUUUCCAGCGGGAUAACAUGCGCAAUAUGUAUGAUCACUUGAUGAUACUGCUCGACUCUCGCUCGAGUCGCAUGAGUCCCCAGCAAGCGCUGUUGACGCUUCAUGCUGACUACAUCGGUGGUGAGCAUGCCAACUACCGCAAGUGGUACUUCGCGGCUCAACUCGAUUUGGACGACGCUAUUGGCAAAGCACAGAACCCGGGGCUUGCGCGUGCGGCUAGCAUUGCCCAGCGCUCGGGCCGAACGAAGCGCUCUUCCAUGUUGGGCUCCAAGUCCCUUGAAAAUGCUCGUGCGCGCUGGCGUGACGCGAUGUACCGCAUGAGUGACUAUGACCGUGUGCGUCAAAUUGCUCUCUAUCUCAUGUGCUGGGGCGAAGGCAGCCAGGUUCGCUUUGUUCCUGAGUGCUUGUGUUUCAUCUUCAAAUGCGCUGAUGACUACUAUCGUUCGCCUGAAUGCCAGAACCGUCUGGAUCCGGUGCCGGAAGGUCUCUAUCUGCACUCUGUGGUCAAACCUCUCUACCAGUUCUUGCGUGACCAGCUUUUCGAGAUUGUGGACGGAAAGUUUGUAAAGAAGGAGCGCGAUCACGACCGCACCAUUGGUUACGAUGAUGUGAACCAACUUUUCUGGUACCCUGAGGGCAUUAACCGCAUUAAAUUGAACAAUGGCAUGCGCCUCGUAGAUGUUCCCCCGUCACAGCGCUUUAUGAAGUUUGACAAGAUUGACUGGGGCAAGGCGUUCUUCAAAACUUAUCGCGAGUCGCGUUCGUUCCUUCAUUUGCUGGUUAACUUCAAUCGUAUUUGGAUUUUCCACGUGUCAUUAUACUGGUACUUUAUGGCAUACAAUGCGCCCAAAGCGUAUGAGCCGAACCGUCUGCCAAGUGAUGCCGAGAUGCUCAGUGCUUCCGCAUUGGGAGGUGCAGUUGCAACGUUUUUCAUGAUCUGCGCUACACUGGUGGAAGUGAUCUAUAUUCCGACUACUUGGAACAACACCAACCACUUGAUUGGUCGUUUGAUUUUCUUGGGCAUUUGCAUGGCCCUCAUGAUCGCCCCUGCCGUGUACAUUUUCGGUUUCAACAAGGAUGGGAACGUGGGCUACAUUAUCUCGAUUGUUCAGAUGGUUGUGUCGGCUCUGCUUACGACUUUGUUCUCAAUCAUGCCUCUCAGUCGUCUAUUCGGUGACCGAGUCGCUCUGAACAAGCGCAAGUACCUUGCUAACCAGACUUUCACUGCUUCCUUUGCACCCAUGCCGAAUUCGCACCGAUUCUUUUCGUUCUUGCUCUGGAUUCUGGUGUUUGGAUGCAAGCUCACAGAGAGUUACUUCUUCUUGACUCUUUCGUUCAAAGAUCCUUUCGGUGUGCUGGUGACAAUGCGCGUAGAAGAGUGCCAUGACAAUUACUUCGGCACUGUCCUUUGCUCGUUGCAGCCGAACUUUGCGCUCGCCGCAAUGAUGGUUAUGGACUUGUGCCUUUUCUUCCUCGACACUUUCCUUUGGUACGUCGUGUGGAGCACCGUGUUCAGUCUUGGCUGGGCGUUUUACCUGGGUCUUUCUGUCUGGACGCCGUGGUCUGACAUUUUCCAGCGCCUUCCUAAGCGGAUUUACUCGAAACUGCUUGCUACGGCGGAUAUGGAAAUCAAGUACAAGCCUAAGGUGCUUGUCUCUCAGGUCUGGAAUGCUAUUAUUAUCUCCAUGUACCGAGAGCACUUGUUGUCGAUUGACCAUGUUCAGCGUUUGCUGUACCACCAGGCCCCGGCUGAAGACUCGCCCUACAAGCGUACUCUGCGUGCUCCGCCUUUCUUCUUGAACCAGAUGGACUCAGGUCCGAAGCCUGAGUUCUACCCUAAGGGUUCGGAAGCCGAGCGUCGCAUCAGCUUUUUUGCGCAGUCGCUCACGACCCAGUUCCCGGAGCCGCUUCCAGUGGAUGCUAUGCCGACGUUCUCUGUUCUGACACCCCACUAUGGUGAGAAGAUCCUUCUGUCUUUGCGUGAAAUUAUUCGUGAAGAAGACCAGAACACCCGUGUCACUUUGCUCGAGUAUCUGAAGCAGCUACACCCUGUCGAAUGGGACAACUUCGUGAAGGACACUAAAAUUCUCGCUGAAGAGUCGGGUAACUUCGCGGGCGGUGCUCCGUUUGGCUUUGAAGAAGAGAAAUCGUCUGGUAAAGGUGGUCGCACAGAUGACUUACCCUUCUAUUGUAUUGGUUUCAAGUCGGCUGCGCCUGAAUACACUUUACGUACACGUAUCUGGUCGUCGCUGCGUGCUCAAACCCUGUAUCGUACUGUUAGUGGUUUUAUGAACUAUAACAAGGCGAUUAAACUGCUUUACCGUGUGGAAAAUCCUGAGAUUGUGCAGCUCUUCGGUGGCAACACAGAACGUUUGGAACGCGAGCUGGAACGUAUGAGUCGUCGCAAGUUCAAGUUUGUGAUCUCAAUGCAGCGUUACUCGCGUUUCAACAAGGAGGAGAUUGAAAACACCGAGUUCCUUCUCCGUGCCUACCCCGAUCUGCUGAUUGCCUACCUGGAUGAAGAACCUCCUGCGAAGGAGGGAGGCGAAUCGCGCUGGUUCUCUGCCCUGGUGGACGGUCACUCGGAAAUGCUUCCGAAUGGCCGUCGUCGCCCCAAGUUCCGUAUCGAACUGCCGGGUAACCCAAUUCUCGGUGAUGGAAAAUCUGACAACCAGAACCACGCCAUUAUUUUCCAUCGCGGCGAGUUCUUGCAGCUGAUCGAUGCCAACCAGGACAACUACUUGGAAGAGUGUCUGAAGAUUCGUAACGUGCUCUCCGAGUUCGAGACCAUCGAUAUGCCGUCUGAGAACCCUUACGGCCCUGCGUACCAUGUGUUUGACCAAUCCCCUGUUGCCAUCGUUGGUUCGAAGGAGUAUAUUUUCUCAGAAAACAUUGGUAUUCUAGGUGAUGUGGCUGCCGGUAAGGAACAGACAUUUGGUACCCUGGCAGCUCGUGGCAUGGCGCAGAUUGGUGGUAAAUUCCAUUAUGGUCAUCCUGACUUCCUCAACUCGGUGUACAUGACAACGCGUGGUGGUGUUUCGAAGGCUCAAAAAGGUCUGCACUUGAACGAGGAUAUCUACGCGGGUAUGAUGGUCUUCCAGCGUGGCGGUCGUAUCAAGCACUGCGAAUACUACCAAUGUGGUAAAGGACGUGAUCUUGGCUUCGGUACCAUUCUUAACUUCAUUACGAAGCUAGGCAAUGGUAUGGGUGAGCAGAUUCUUUCGCGUGAGUAUUACUACCUGGGCACACAGCUUCCGGUGGAUCGUUUCCUUACGUUCUACUAUGGUCACCCUGGAUUCCACAUCAACAAUAUCAUGGUCAUUCUCGCUGUGCAGUUGUUCAUGUUCUCCCUAAUGUUCAUUGGCUCGCUGUAUUCGACGCUGGAGGCCUGCCCUGACACGAAUGGCAUUACGUAUGUGCUGGGUCCAGGUACUUGCUACUACCUGAACCCUGUGCGAUACUGGGUUCAGCGUACGGUCAUCAGUAUUCUGCUCGUGUUCAUGAUUGCGUUCUUACCUCUUUUCCUCCAGGAACUCUCUGAGCGUGGUGCCAUCUCGGCGUUGGUCCGUCUGUUGAAGCAGUUUGUCUCGCUUAGUCCUUUGUUCGAGAUCUUUACGACUCAGAUUUACUCCAACUCGAUCAUCACGAACCUUACAUUCGGUGGUGCUCGCUACAUUGCAACAGGACGUGGCUUUGCGACGACUCGGCUGAGCUUUGCACUGCUAUACUCGCGCUUCGCUGGCCCCUCCAUUUACUCGGGCUUCCGAUACUUGUUGAUGUUGUUCUAUGCCACAUUAACGGUUUGGAUGCCCCAUCUGAUCUAUUUCUGGAUCAGUUUGGUUGCUCUGUGUAUUGCGCCGUUCCUGUUCAACCCGCAUCAAUUCUCGUUCUCUGACUUCAUCAUCGACUACCGCGAAUUUUUGCGUUGGAUGGGUCGUGGCAACAGCCGAAGCCAUGCGAACUCUUGGAUUGGCUACUGCCGUCUCAGCCGCACUCGUAUUACCGGAUACAAGAAGAAGCGCCUGGGCCACCCGAGCGAGAAGCUGGUUGCCGAUCUGCCUCGUGCCGGUUGGAAGACCAUGCUGUUCCACGAGAUCCUUGGUCCCAUCGCGAUGGCGGUCAUCUUCGCUGUCGCUUACUCGUAUGUGAAGAGUUUCCCUGCACCUUAUCUUUCCUUCGAGGACGGAAGGUACCAGGGUGGUAUUGCUCGUCUAGCAAUCAUUUCGCUGGUUCCUAUUGCGUGGAAUGCGGCUGUGCUUAUGGUUAUCUUCUUUAUCUCCCUCUUCUUUGGUCCUGCUUUGCAUUCAUGCUGCGCUAAGUUUGGAAGUGUCAUGGCUGGCAUUGCUCAUACUCUCGCGGUGGUUGGUAUGCUAGCUGUGUUCGAAUUCUUGUGGUACAUUGAGUACUGGAACACUGCGAACACGGUUCUUGGUCUUAUCGCGAUGAUUGCUAUCCAGCGGGCCAUCUUUAAAGUGAUUACGGCUGUGGCUAUCUCGCGUGAGUUCAAACACGACGAGACCAACCGUGCAUGGUGGACGGGUCGCUGGUAUGGACGUGGUCUCGGUGGCCAUGCAUUCAGUCAGCCAGCGCGUGAGUACAUUGUGAAGAUUAUGGAAAUGAGCAUCUUCACAGCUGACUUUAUUACCACACAUCUGCUCAUGUUUGCUCUCUCAAUUCCGUUGGUGGUUCCGUUCGUGGAUCGUUUGCACUCCACAGCGCUGUUCUGGCUGCGUCCAUCGAAGCAGAUCCAUGCCCCGAUCUAUUCUCUGCGCCAGCGGGCUCAGCGCCGCUCCAUUGUGCUCCGAUACACGGUUGUGUUCCUUUUGGCUUGGGUUAUCUUCCUAGCAUUGAUCAUUGUCCCAGUCGUAAUUCAAGCCACCGCCUACGGCGAUGACAAACGAGGGCUAUGCACUUUCUGUGAGACACUAUAA